CGUCCACAACCAAUCCUGACGCGCAGCUUGCUACAGCUCGCAUACGUCACUAUCAAUCAUUUAAACACGCGCGCGCCGCUUUCACAGCCGCCGCGGCAGCAAUAAUGGGCUCACCAUGGCCGCACGCGUUCUCGCACGCCGCGCGCGGCGAGGCGCCUGUCGACCUUCUCGCACGCAGACCGAGCGUAGCGCUGCGCUCUAACGCGGCCGCGGGUGCAAGAUGGGUGGUGUCACGGGCCCGGUUUACGGAGACAAGCUCAAGGGCAUCUCGGAGGAGAAGGCCGCCGACGCCGUGCAGCACGCGCUAGACCUCUGCAAGGCACCAAGACUCGCAUACGGAUAUGUGGACCAAGUUGCCUAUAAUGAUAGGUUCGUCCCCGCGUUCAUGGCGCGCCUCGGCCUCAAGGACGUCAAGGAAGUGCCGGUACGGUCGGCGCUCGACCUCGUCCACCGGACCCACCUAGCUAAGAAAGAAGAAGAGACGCUCAACGCGCGGCACGAGACGUACCAAAAUAAGAAGGACGAGUCGGACGAGGAGGAGUCGGGAAGUUCUGAUGACGAAGACGAGGAGUCGGACGGCUUCGUCGGUUCUGAUAGUGAUGAUGAUGAUGCUGCUGCUACUACUAAGGUGACGGCGGUCGUGCCGUGCGCCCCAUUGCGCCGCCGCCUACGAAAUGUUCCGAAGUCGGAGGACGACCUGCUCGCCGAGAAAUUAGCUCCGGUCCACGACGCCCUCCGCAAGGCGGACUUAGCGUUACAGAAGGCCGUGAGAGACAAGUGCGCGACGCAGGAGGCCCUACGUGCUAUCGGAUUAAGCGGAUUCGAUAGCAGGGUUCUAGGGUUCGCCUUCGAGGACAAGGACUACGCCAUCAAGUGGGCGGAAACCGCGCUCCCAGAAGAGCACGGUUUAGAUUUCGCGUCGAUGCCCACGUCACGGGAGGUCUGGCGCGGGCUCAUCAGGUAUCAUCGAGGUCUGGCCGACGGCGUGCUCGAAAAGCGGAUCACGGCCACGCGGGAGUGCUGCGCCGAUCUCGACUUCGACCACAGAAGCACGUAUACCCAGAACGCGCACGUCGCGCCGGCUAUACGUGCUGCUGCGGUCGCUGGGUCAAAGCGGAGGAAGAUGAACGCGGACGCCGACGCCGAGGCCAUCGAAUCAUUAAGGGAGUUCGAGGAUGAUCAGGGGGCGCUGCUCCCACCCAACAGUGCCUUCCACCGGUCCGUCGUGCCCCUACAAGUAGAACUUCUUCCCGAUCACGUUGCUCCAGAUCUGACGCAAUUGGUCUGGGCCAAGGACGCUGAGACCGGCCAGCCCGUAUUGAUCAAGGCGGGAGAGAUGCAGGAGAAGGUGAUCUUAGGUCGGGGCUCCGAGUUUCAGCUCGGGCUCAGUAGUAGAGGCAAGGACCAGGAGCCCAUCGGUCGGGUCGUGCGAGUGCAUGAUGGAGACGCGGCGCUGAUGACGGGCGACGCGUGGAACGGCCAUCCACUAGGUGAUGGUACCUACGUCACGCACCGGGGCCGCGGGGGCCCGUUCGCUCUCUGUUUGGACUUCCGCGACCGGGCGUCGACGUGGGCCCUAGGCGGACAUGACGACAUGGACGCGGUUCGGUCGUCGCUCGGCCUCAAGCUCGUCUCGUCGACGGCGGUGGUCACUACGGAAGGGACGCUCGAAGAUUUCCGGCACGCGCGCUUCGAGAGCACGGGCGAGAUCCCCGGCGGCUUGUCUGCUUUAAUGGAGGACUGCGAGGUCCUGUGUGCGAAGAUGCGCGACGCCUCCUCGGAAGCGGCGGGCGGCGAGGUGUGGCUAAUUGGUGGGCUUCAGCUCGAGAGACUGGGUCGGAAGGGGGCGUCGGAAGGGACGACCCGGUUCAACAUCGUCCAGUAUUCGAGAUGCGCGGGCUGCAUGAACUCCCUCCAGAAGCUGAAGCUAGAUUAUCUGGAGUCGCAGGGCCUCAAGGCCCUACACCACGUCUCGCUCAAGGCGGCGCUGCUCGGCCACAUCCAGGUGCGGCUCGUCGGAUACGCGCACGCGGCGGCCGGGAACUUCCAUCCUGAUGGUUCAGUCGUCGGGCCGAUCCGCUCCACGCGCAUGGCGAACUCGGCUGCGAUGGCGGCGCCCGCGAACUUGCGCUCGUGGAACUUCUCGAGCGGCACGAGCGGCCCCAUGCCCGCGCUCAUGGGACCAGCCUUGGGGCCGUCGGUGUGAACCUCUCCCUUCCCACGCACCGCCACCGCGUAAGUGAUACACCUUCAACGAAGGAUCAGUCUAGCCUCCCGCAGGCGUCCUUGGACAUUCGUGCGGGUGCUUUGAACACUGCUUUCGUUAGUCCGGCGCACGCGCAACGGACGCACAACGCGAGAUAACGGGGUUAGAGGAUGCAGUUGCGCCGCCGUCAAAACCAUUUAAUUUUGAUUCGAUCGACGUUGAAUUUUGGUUUAUCGAAGCCACGCUUGAGCUUGACUUGCUCGGGCUCGUCGGCGCCCCGCGACCGCCGCGGGGUGACUGGCCCGUGUCAUUCGCGCUACCCGUCCUGGGGAGGACUGGGAGGCGUGGAGUGGGGCGGAGAUGCGUAAUGAGACCCGCCAAAAUCGGUGGCUCCCAACAAGCUCCUUGCGAAACUCAUCGAACCCGCAUUUACGCCACGUCGCCGCCCGCGUCGCAAUUUUACAACGCGCGCCGCGCAUCGCGGCGCGGUCUCGAUCGACCCUCGGCCGUCGCGGCGCGCGUCGCGCCCGGUCUCGCGCAAAACUAUUUUUGCCUGCUCGCAUUUUCUACGCAAAAAGUCCGCGGACGCGCGCGCGCAAGCCCGCGAGGCGCCGCGCGGGACCACGGAAGCGGUCGGAGCCGCCACGGCCGCUGACGAGGCUAAAACCCGGCCUUGUAAGCAGCCAGCUCGCGUCUGCUUUCGAGACGCUUGGAUGUAUUACAUCAAGCAAAACUAACCCUCCGGGCCCGCCCAACGCCAUCGCCGCGCCAGCACGCCCGUCACGCCCCCCGCCCCGCAGACACAACAACAAAAUGGCCGCCUACCAGACCAUCGAGACGCCCCUCGUCGCCGACAAGCCGGCCGGCAAGUCCCUCAAGGGCUUGGUGGCUGGCGCCGCCGCGGCCUCCUUCGUCCUCGGCGCGCUCGCCGCCACGGCCGUGUCCGCCACGGUCGCGGCGCCGACGACGUCCUUCUUCCGCCCCCUGUACGUCUUCGACCAGCAGCUGGGCACGACGACCUUCGACGAGUGCGUGGAGAAGUGCCCCACGAUCGACGACUUCUGGCACAUCCCGUGCAUCACGUCCUUCGACAUGAACCACCAGCUCCUCGCCUGGAUGACCAAGAAGUACGGCCCCGACAAGUCCUUCGCCUGGGUCGGCCACCGCGACAGCGACUGGGUCGAGCCGGAGUGCCAGGCGUUCCAGGACGCGCAGUUCAAGGGCGACAUGGUCAAGCGCAACGGCUGCGCGUUCGAGGGCGACCUCUCGAAGCCCGAGUGCUCGGGCAGCGACUUCGACGGC